UUAAUGACAGAUCAUCAUUAUCCUUUUAUCUAAAGAGAAAUUUAAGAAAAACUUCUAAGUGAAAUUUGGUUUGGCUUAUUGUUAAACUAAAAAUUAUGAUACAUAGUUUAUUUAUUAUUAAUUCUAGCGGAGAUGUUUUUCUUGAAAAACAUUGGAGAAGUGUUGUGUCGCGUUCGGUUUGCGAUUAUUUCAUUGAAGCACAGAGAAGUUCUCCUUUGGAUGUACCACCUGUUAUAGCCACUCCACACCAUUAUCUUGUAACAAUACAGAGAGGUGGAAUUUCUAUGGUAGGAGUGUGUAAGCAGGAAUUUCCACCAUUAUUCGUUAUAGAAUUUUUGCAUAGAGUUGUUGAUACUUUUGAAGAUUAUUUCUCUGAAUGUACUGAAUCAAUUAUUAAAGAAAACUAUGUUGUUGUUUAUGAGUUAUUAGAUGAAAUGUUAGAUAAUGGAUAUCCUUUAGCUACUGAAAGUAACAUUCUUAAAGAACUUAUUAAACCACCGAAUAUAUUACGUACUAUUGCUAACACAGUAACAGGAAAAUCAAAUGUAAGCGGUACAUUACCAUCUGGUCAAUUGUCAGCAAUACCAUGGAGAAGAAGCGGAGUCAAAUAUACCAACAAUGAAGCAUAUUUCGACAUUAUAGAGGAAGUUGAUGCAAUAAUUGAUAAAUCUGGGCAAACAGUUUGCGCUGAGAUAUUAGGCUAUAUUGAUUGCUGCAUCAAAUUAUCAGGGAUGCCAGAUUUAACCUUAUCUUUUAUGAAUCCACGAUUGUUUGAUGAUGUUUCAUUUCAUCCUUGUGUCCGCUUCAAAAGAUGGGAAUCGGAAAGGAUUUUGUCUUUUGUGCCACCAGAUGGUAAUUUCCGAUUGAUGUCUUAUCAUAUUGGCUCACAAAGUGUUGUAGCUAUUCCAAUAUAUGUGCGACACAGUUUAAAUUUUAAAGCUGGUGAGCAAGGCAAAUUAGAUAUAACAGUGGGACCCAGAACAACUUUAGGACGAACAGUUGAAUCAGUUAAAUUAGAAAUUCAAAUGCCAAAAUGUAUUUCGAAUUGUUUAUUAACAACAACACAGGGAAAAUACUCAUUUGAUUCAGUAACAAAGAUUUUGCAUUGGGAUGUUGGACGUAUUGAUGUUACAAAAUUACCGAAUAUUAGAGGAACGAUUUCUCCAGCUUCUGGUACAACAGUUAUUGAAUCUAAUCCAUCUAUAAAUGUUCAAUUUACAAUAUCACAACUAGCCGUUUCCGGAUUAAAAGUUAAUCGUUUAGAUAUGUAUGGUGAAAGGUACAAACCUUUCAAAGGUGUUAAAUAUGUUACAAAAGCUGGAAAAUUUCAGAUUAGAAUGUAAUAAUUAUAAAAAUAAAGUAACUUUGUAUUCCAUUACCAUUAAUAAUAAGUUAAAUUCAUAAGUUAAAAAAAUAAAUUAAAGAAAAUAUUAAGUUUACAAAAAGUUAAAAGUUAAUUUGCAAAAUAUUCUUCAUUUUUAUAAUAUUAAAGACAUAGUUUAUUAAUC